AUGCCGACGACAUCGGAGAGCGUCAAGUUCAACGCAUUGAAGAGUCUCGCUUCGCUCGUCGCCAAAAGCCCGGGCGCCGCGGCCGCGCCCAAGGCCAAGGCCGCGCCCAAGCCGAAGAAGAAGCCCGUCUACGUCGGCUCGGACGACGACGACGACGAGUCCGACGCCUCUUUCGCGGGCGACGACGAGGACGCGGCCGCGCCCGUCGCGCCGCGCGGCGCGAGCCGCCGCAACGCCGGCGCCAAGAAGACCUACUACGUCGACUCGGCGUCCGACGACGAGCCCGCGGCGGCGGACGACGGCGCCGAGGCGGCGAACGCCGAGGCGCCGACGUUCGGCGCUCGCGUGCCGCAGCGCGACGAGCUCCCGGUCUUCGAGCACGGGUCCAUGUCCGACGCGGACGACGACGGCACGGGUGCGUCGGACCCGGGCGGCGCGCCGCGCGACUACUGCUACUGCGCGGGCGUCGUCAUGGGCGACGCGGCGGCGAAGGCCAUGCCGAAGAAGCCCGACGUCGUCGAGAGCGACGUCGUCGUCGAGAGCGGCGGCGGCGGCGACGACGACUUCGGCACCGCGCGCCAGAAGGCCGCCGCGCCCAACGAGGCCCCGCCGCCCAAGAAGACGACGUCGCCCAAGGUGCCGCCGCCGUCGAGCUCGGGCGCGCGGGAGCCCGUCGACGGCAUCGACGCGGAGAAGCCGCCGACGCUGGACGCCGCGGCCCCGCUGGACGCCGAGGGCGUCGCCGCGUCGCCGCUGGCCGCCGCGCCCGUGUCAUCGAGCGCCGCGUCGGUCGUCGCCAACGACGACUCCGAGGACGCGUGCUUCGACGCGCUCGCGAGCGCGACGACGUGCCGGCUCUGCGAGAACGUGCUCGAUGAGGACCUGAGCUGUUUGCCCUGCGGCCACUGCUUCUGCACGGAAUGCGUCCUGGUCGCCUGCGUCGACGAGUACAUCUGCCCGGAGUGCCGCGUGCCCUUCUUCAAGAGCGACAUCACGCCGAACUACGCGAUGCGCGACUUCGCCCGCGCGGCGGUCUCCGCGGCGGGCUUCGCGCUCGCGGCGCGCUGGGGCGACGCGACGCACCUCGUGUCCUCGGUGCCCCUGCGGCGCACGCCCAAGCUCCUCACGGCGGUCUCCGUCGCGCGCCACGUCGUCACGCUCGGCUGGCUCUGGGAGAGCGACGCGCUCGGCCGCGCCGCCGACGAGCGGCCCUUCGCCGUGCGCGACCGGGAGAACGAGGCCGCGUGGCGCUUCGACCUCGCCGCGUCCCUCGCGGCCAACGGCGAGGGUGCCGGCGCGCUCGCGGACUACGCGGUCCUCCUCGACCCGCGCGCGCGCCGCGCCGGCGGGCCCAAGCUGCCCAAGGACGGCGAGCUCAAGCAGAUCGUCGAGUGCGCGGGCGGCGUCUGGCUCGCGACGCCGACGAAGGCGCGCGUCGCCCUCGGCGACCGCGCGCUCCUGCUCCUCGGCGACCCCGCGACGCCCCUCGACGCGAGCCUCGUGAACAUCCGCGCGGCGCCGGUCCGCGUCGGCGUCGAGGACUUCUGGACCGCGGUGCUCUCCAAGCGCUGCCCCUGGGAGGCGCCCGCCGCCGCGCGCCCAAAGCACAAGAUGCCGUAA